AUGGGACCAUUACCCUGCUGUGCAGUCUGCCUUGGGAGAAACCCCCACCACACGGUCGAGUGCAUUGCCACUCAAACAUGGGACAAGCAAUUCGAGACCGUCUCGGAGCGCAUCCACAAGGGUCUUUGGACUAAGGAUGGAAAACAAAUUUGCACAGCGUGGCAACGAGACGAAGGCUGCACCACUCCCAAACAUGAUGCACGCCACGUAUGCUCAGGGUGUGGGGCAGCCACUCACGGAGCUCAGAAGUGUCCUAGAGCACAGAAAGCUAGUACCGCUGACCCCGUACAAAGCUGA